AUGUGGGAAAAGACGAAACGCUACUCGAAGAAAGGCUUCGACAAGACAUGGGACACCAUCGACAAGCUCGGCGCCCCCGUCAACCGCCUCUCAAACAAACUCGGCGCCGAGGCCUUCUGGCCCAUGGCCAUCGAUAAAGAAAGCGACAAGGCCGCUCGAAUUCUACGCAGCUUCUGCAAGGAUGGCUUCUAUGCACCCGAAUCGGAAGAAUAUACCGACGCAGAUGGCAAGAUCAAUCGCCCCAAGGGAAAACAGCGGGUCGUCAAGAAAAUCCCUUCUCAAGUGGUGAAAAAUGCAAAGGGUCUGGCCAUCUUUACGACCAUGCGCACCGGUCUUUGGGUGAGUGGUUCUGGUGGUAGUGGGGUCUUGCUGGCUCGGAUCCCAGAAACGGGCGAAUGGAGCCCGCCCUCGGGCAUCAUGCUCCACACGGCCGGUAUUGGAUUCUUGGCCGGCGUGGACAUCUAUGACUGCGUCGUUGUGAUCAAUACAUAUGAGGCCUUGGAAGGCUUCAAGAAAGUCCGCUGCACCCUCGGCGGAGAACUCUCCGUCAGCGCUGGUCCGGUUGGUGCCGGUGGCGUUCUUGACUCCGAAGUCCACAAGCGACAGGCUCCCGUCUGGACUUAUAUGAAGAGUAAAGGGCUUUACGCCGGCGUCGCCGUUGACGGAACCAUCAUCAUCGAACGUACCGACGAGAACGAGAAAUUUUACGGCGAACGCAUCUCCGUCUCGGACAUCUUGGCAGGCAAAGCCCGACACCCGCCCGACUCCCUCCGAACGCUUCAGCAAACUAUCAAAGCCGCCCAGGGCGACACCGACGUCGAUGAAGACGUGAUCCCACCACCCGGCGAAACUCCCGGCGAUAUUGACCUCCAGGACACAGAAGGCUUCGGCGUCCCCGACCCAGAUGACCCGGAUCCGUACGGAGUAAAGGCAUUAGAGGCAGAGGGCCUCUUCAUUCGGGAGGCUUCUACAAAAGUAAGAGCAUCACCUGAGAACUUCCAGUUCAAACCGAGCGUUAGUAGCCCUGUCUACGCGACGUUCCGACGCAGCCUCGACAGCUCGCGAAAUAGCUGGCGGGCCAGCGUUCAGAGCUAUACCAGCGUGGACCGUGGCACACAGACUCAUGAGGCCCCGCUAACUGCCACCACGUCAGUAAGCCGAGCAUCCUCACGCAGCGCGAAGGAAUCCACAGGCAUCCCGGUUAGUAGCUGGGAUGAAGAUGCACAAUGGGACACUGUACCAAUCCACGGUGGAGAGGAGGAAGAGGAGGAAAGAAAGGAAGAGAGGAAGUUAAGCGGAGCCCCCCAUAGGGACACCCACGAAUCCGACGAUGAUAUCGAGGUGCACGAGGUGAGCAAUGUGGCUGUCUCUAGGCCGGAAAGCAAGGCGUCUUCGUCUUCUCCAGUGGAAGAAUCGGAUUCCAAGCGCACGUCGCCGACUUUCACCCGCGCCCGUCUGGUCACCAUCGCCAAGCGUCCUGCGCCACCUGCUCUGCCCCCACGUCAUCCCCGACACACCUGGGGCUCUGGUUCUAGCCGGGAAUCGCCAUCUCCGACAGCUCACUCGCAUUCCACCGAGCCCACGGACGUCGAGUAUGAGCCUGUCCAGUCCGUCGAGACCGUCCAGAAACCAUCGGCCUUGCCUUCCAACGUGAAGAUGCUCCAAGCCAAUACUGUUCUCCCAGCUGUUGUGAACGAGGACGAUGACGAUCUUUUCGAUGAAUCGGAUUCCGAAAUCCCCGCCGACAAGGAAGAAUUCUUGUCUGCCAACGGUGACGACGACGACAUGGAUGAAAGCAACACCCCGGUGAAGGAUAUGACUCCGGAAGCGACCGCAGACUCUGACCGUAAGCAAUCAGUCUCUGCCAUCUCUGCCAAGUCUGGCGACACGAUCGAACCGAAUGAUGAGUCGAAAUUUGCGGAGAAGCUGGAUGAAUCGCUAUGUCUAGUCGAACUUGAAGAUAACGUCCACGAAGCCAAGGCUGAAGAUGAGGAUAUUGCCCCUGCUGCUUCUGCUACUGCUACUGCUACCACUGCCGACUCAGAGGAGACACCCUCCAACGCCAAGUCCGGCAAGCAAGACCUCGCACACAUCUCCGCCGAUGUUGCGUAG